GGUCAGGCUUCUUUUAAUUGUGGCUAUGCUGAAGAGGUUCAUCCAGUUGUUAGGCCUAGCCCGGAAUACUGACAGUGGAAGAAACAAACAGUUGAAAGGAUCUACCAUAGAUGAAGGAUCUGCAAGUAAGGAAGUAGGAGCUCCCAUAUCAUUGGACUUCAGUCUACAGUCGAAGAAUAUUUUUGUGAGGAUAGUCCACGCAGGUGGGCGAGAGGAGCUGUAUCAGAAUGUAGUUCCUGCAUCUCUGUUGAUGGAAAAGUAUCCUGGGAUGUGCGUUGCCCGCCCAGAAGUGUUCAAAAAUCCUCAGGAGUCCUUUUUAAGGCCAGAGGAGAGCCUUUUGCCUGGUCAGAAGUAUUAUAUAAUACCAACUACUACAGCACAGAAAAUUAAGCAUAAACACCAAAAGAAAGCUGGGGCCAAAGAACCUGCUGAAGGCAAAGAGUCUCCAGAUGGGAUCAUUGUGAAUGCAGGAGGUUGGGACACAGAUGAAUCUGUUUGCUCUGCUAAAGAUUAUUAUGCCUCCAAGGAAAGGGGGUCAAAACGUUUACGGAGAAAAGGUAUUAGAGGAAAGAAGCCUUUUGUUCCCCCACUCCCGAAGACUAAAUCAUGUAGAGGAUUGGGAUGGGAGCCAAGUCUUACUUCUGUACAAGAGCUUUCUCCAUGACUUUCUGUAUACUAUCAAUCUUGCGCUCGUAUUCUGGUACGUGGUUGAAUUGCUACUGCAAUAUGUUGGUUCCAUGAAAAGUCUCAGAGAGAUGUAACAAAAAAAUUUAUAAACCAUAAAUAAUAAAUAGCGUACGAUUUCCAGCGCUAUAUUCUAUGA